AUGUUGCUUGCUUUGACAGCACAAAAGGGAUGGAAGACUUACCAGUUGGAUGUAAAAUAUGCUUUUUUAAAUGGUUAUCUUCAAGAGGAAAUUUAUGUAGAGCAUCCCGAGGGAUUCCAAGUCAAGGGACAGGAGGAGAAGGUCUACUUGUUGAAGAAGGCCUUAUAUGGUCUUAAACAGACUCCCAGGGCCUGGUACAACAGGAUUGAUGAACAUCUUCAAAGUCUUGAAUUUGUUAAAAGUCCAAGGGAAGCUACAUUAUAUGUAAAAGGAACAGAUGCUAACUUAAUUGUAGUUUCUGUUUAUGUUGAUGAUCUGCUUGUAACAGGUAGCAAUGAGAAACUGGUAGAAGAGUUUAAAGUUGAAAUGCUCGAAGUAUUUGAGAUGACAGACCUUGGCUUGAUGUCCUACUUUCUAGGUAUGGAGGUGAAGCAAGAUCAUGAUGGAGUCUUCAUAAGCCAAAAGAAGUAUGCAAAGGAAAUACUUAACAAAUUUCACAUGGAAGAUUGCAAAAGAACCAGCACACCAAUGAAUCAGAAGGAGAAAUUUAGCAAAGAUGAUGGAGCAGAAAAAGUGGAUGAAAGCCAAUACAGGAGCCUGAUUGGUUGCUUGAUGUAUCUUACAGCCACCAAACCAGACAUAAUGUUUUCAGUAAGCUUGCUUUCAAGAUUCAUGCAUUGUGCCAGUGAAGUGCAUUUUCAAGCUGCCAAAAGGAUUGUAAGAUAUAUCAAAGCCACAACAAAUUAUGGCAUUAAAUAUUCUUGCUAUCAGAAUUUUAAACUUCAUGGUUAUUCUGAUAGUGAUUGGGCAGGUUCUAUUGAUGACAUGAGAAGUAUAACAGGAUUUUGUUUCAGCUUUGGAUCCGGAAUUUUUUCAUGGUCCUCAAAGAAGCAAGAUGUGAUAGCUCAAAGCACAGCAGAAGCAAAAUAUGUAGCAGCCAAUGCUACUAUAAAUUAA